GUAAAAUUACUUUAUAGUCUCCACGCUACAACUUAUAAGUAAGUAUAUCAUUGAAUCUUCCUUAACCUUGACGGUAUGGACGAACACAUAGACCCCUCCAUCCGCGUUCAAGUCUCUCCAUCUCAAAGCGCUUACUUCGCAGGCGAAUCAUUUAGCGUAUCUAUCACUUUUACAAAUACCCGUCUCACUUCACCAAACGGCACAUCCAACCCGGCAUCUGCGCCUGUACAGAAAUCACACAAACGAAAUGCACAUUCUAUAAGCUCUGCCCCACUUGCUAGACCACCGACGUCGCCUGGGUUGGGUCCACGUCCACCUGAUUUUGUGAGGGCGCUGGGACUUGGGAUUGUGGAAGAGGGGAGGAAGGGGUUGAUUGGAAAUGUUGAAUAUGUAAAUGGAAAGGGGAAAGGGAAAGAGGUGCUUGAAGCAAGACGUAGUGCAUUGGAGAAGGUCAAGGAGAAUGCGCGCAGUGCGAGCAUAGAAAUCCUUGACGGAGAGUAUGUACAAGCUUAUGAAGUAGAACCAGUAGUCCAACGGACUUCCUUCCCACUUCCUCAAAGUCAUCCCCAUGCACGUAAACAAUCUGUAUUCGACGGUCAUCUCCAAUUAAACGAUGUCCAACCACAACCGUCUCCAUCCACCUCAACUAGCACAUUCACAGUUGCACUAGAUCCUAUCGCAGAAACACCCCAAUCACCUAGCCCACCAACACCACUCCCACGCACUCCCUCACUCACCGAGGACCACUCUUACCCCCCACGCCCCUACCCAUCCUCACACCGCAAAUCAAUACACCCAACACUCGGUCACGGUCACCCACCCCUCCCAAUCCCUCCAAAAUCAACAACUCCAAAACCACUCCCACCCAAUACAACACUCCUCCUAUACUCCUACGCCCAACUCUCAGGAACAGCCCAUGUACUACCCCUUCCAGCCCCUUCCACAGCACUGAGCACCCUCCGCGCGCAGCUCCUCAGAAAACCGGUGUUGGGUGGGGGAAGUAUGGAUAUCGCGCGUAACCGUACGAGUACUAGGGGUCCGCAUUCGCGUUCAGCUUCACUUACGGGUUCCUUGUUGUCUUUGCUCAGUCCUUCGAGUUACUCCCCUUCUGUUGGACGUUCUAGGGCGCCUUCAUUGAGUUCGCAGAGUGAUGUAUCUACUACGGGUGUUGGUUUGGGGUUGGGGUUGAAUGUAGGAGGCACUGGGGUGAUUGGGGAAGAUGGGGAAGAGGAGAUGCCCCUCCCUGUCUUUGAAGUUCAGCCUGCCAUGUUGGCUGUUGAUUUGGCGUUGAGCCCUGGCGAGAGUCGGACUUACACAUAUACCCUCCCACUCCCCUCCACCCUCCCUCCCACCUUCCGAGGUCGCAUGAUCCGCUUCUCAUACGAGCUAGUCGUCGGUACCUGCCGCCGAGGCGACAGCGGACCAGGGACCGGGACAGGUAUAACAGUCAGCAGGGUUAUGAAAGUCCCUAUCAGGGUAUACAACUGGGUCAGCGUGGGCAAACCACAACGCCCCUACGACCUCCUCUCACCCGUGCGUAAGCCCGACGGUGGUAAAGUCCUAGAUAUAGGCAGCGCCGGGGACGGUGUUGAUGGGAAGAAGGAAUUGUCAAAGCUUUCUCCAACAUCCACGCCCUGCGGCUCACUAGACGACCUACGUGCCUACGGCGAACGAUUACUCUCUACCUUCCCUGCAGAAGGAUCUACAGGCGUACGGAUCAAGGAACCUGCUGAGAGCGUGCCUGAGAAUCUUUCUUCUUCGUCUGCUUCUGGAUCUGGAAGCACAGAAGAUCCGUUGAGGGCGUUUGAGCGGGAACGAGAACGAGAACGAGAACGGGAGGGAGAGGGGGAAUUGACCGGGUGUAGAGAGGCUGUUGAGAUUUUGACGAGGAAUCCUAAGAAAGUCUCUUACGACGUAACGAAAGACGGGAUCAAAGUCGCAGUUCUCACAUUCACAAAGAGCGCUUAUCGUCUCGGAGAAACGGUCCUAGGCGUCAUUGAGAUCAAUGAACGAGAUGGACGGGGAAAAGUCAUCUCUCUAAGCGCAACUCUAGAAACGAACGAAAGCCUCCCAGCCACACUCACACCAAACACCACGCGCCGCAUCCACGCAGAACACCAUGCGUCUUUCACGGGCAGCACCCUUCGCACGACGUUUGCACUUGAUAUACCCAGCGAUGCGUGUCCUGGAUUCGGAGUUGUCCUUUCAGGUUCCGGUUCCAGUGCAGAAUCUGGGAAGGCAGGAGGAUUGACGUGGAAAGUACACCUCACGCUGUUAGUGGGAGUGACGAGGCCGAACGCACGGGUGCGUGGGCUGACUAGGGACGGGGCGCCGACUGCGUGGGGAAGUGCGUGGCGUGCGCCUGCUGGGAUCGCACCUGAAGAACAAGAACAACCACAAGUACAGGCAGCGAGCGUGGUUUCACCUGGGAGUGGGAAGGAGGCGAAACAGAGUCAGAGCUGGAGUGCUUAUCUCAUGAGUUCGUUCCUUGGCACUGGGGAGAGGGAGUAUCAUGAUGGGGAUGAUAUCGAUGACGAAGAGGAGGUGCCUUCUUCUUCUUCCGGAAAAGAAAAAGAAACCGAGACAGAGGAGGACUGGAGGGACGUCCAAGUUGAAAUCGUAGAAUGCGACGUCCCAGUGGUUGUAUGGCCAGGGAACACAGCAUUCAGUGCUGUAGACGUCGUGUUCGAGGUAUGAACUCGGCGGUGUGUGGUGAUUGAUCGAGAUCGUGAUCUAGAUUUUGACCCCACGGGGGCCUUGGCUAAGCACUACAUGUCAAUCCGCGGGAGGUUUUACUUGACGGGAAUAAUUAUUUGAAAGGGAUGUAUUAUUAAUUUUUUUAAAAGUUAGUCGACGUGAUCGAGCUCGUGACCAGUUAUGUCAAAAGGGC